AGCAAAUUGGGUCCACAUUGGCGUUGCAGUUUCACCAAGUCGCAUUGGAUUGAGGGCUGGUUGGACGAGUGGCGGCUUUCAACAUGUCUGCGGUGGCGAGGGGCAUUCGUGUGGGGCUGAGUGGCCUGCGAUGUGCACCUACGAGACUUGGGGGCUCGAUUCAAAACUCCCCAACCGGCAGAUGGGCCCUUCCACGCAGCCGGAUCAGGCUCUCAGCUCCGCUCAAGUACAGAGUUCGCUGGUCUCGCAGAAUUGCAGCACCCCCACCAAACCCCUGCCUUGCCCUCCCCCGCCGGCAUGAAUCAGUUCUCCCUACUCAAUUCGAGUCGGUCACCUUCAAAGGCACCCAAACGAAGAGGUCUCGGCCAAAGGUCGCCAGCCCUCAACAGUAUGCGAGCACUAGCUGCGCCAGCGACUCGGAAACACAUAGAAAAACGAAGAGGGAGACAAGCGUCCUGCUGCCAGGGCUGCCUCUGUUUGGAAACGCCUUAGAUGAUCCCUCCGGGCCUGGAAACGGCGUGGACUCCCUGGUCGGGGGUGCAUGGCUGGAAUUCUUCAGGCCGUGCGGGUGCUGGUUAGAAAGGGCAUGCUUAUGCAUCAUUCCAGCAGGUCCCGUGCGAGACCUUCCCCUCAAUGGGGAUGACGAGGAUGAGAACCUGGGGGAUGCGCUGCCUCUGGGGGAGACUGUCAUAACGUGUGCCACGCAUGGGGAUUUGGCACCAUAUGCUUGCUGUGCCACAGGAGCCUGAUGCUCAUGCCGGUGUCACAUGUCAAACAAAAUGAGAGCGAGGAAGUGUACAUCGUAGUGAGUAUAAACGAAAGCAACGGUCAAGAGUUUAGUCACCUGCAAGUAGCGAGGAAAGGUUACACUCUUGCUUCCUAGAAAACCGGCUUGAGAAACAAGAGCACAAUAGAUGGUGAAACCUCAAAAGGCAGCACCUAGUCCUGGUCAUGCUCAGUUCAAUGCUCGCUUUUUCAUGGUCCGUGGCAAACCUCCUCUUUGGAGUUUGUCACAUGUACAUAGGGUACGUCACUAACACUGUCACGACUUGGGGUCAAUGCUUAAACAUAAAUAAGGGCAAAUAAGUAUUUCCAGGCUUCAUGGACUUCCUG